AUGUUCGCAGGCCAAAUGGCGUGUGAAGCGCUCAACUGGGUUCUGAAGAGAUACAUCAAAGAAGAGCGGCCGCGGGAAAUGCAUGGAAAGGGCUACGGAAUGCCCUCCUCGCAUGCCCAGUUCGUCUCCUUCUUCUCCGUCACCCUAGGCCUGUUUGUCCUCUUUCGGCACGUCCCACACCCGACCGAAACCCACACCCCCUUCUCUUUCGGCGGCCGCGUCCUCCUUUCGCUUCUAGCAAUGGUUUGCGCAGGAGCUGUAGCAGCAAGCAGGAUAUACUUGAGCUACCAUACACCAAAGCAGGUUGUCGUCGGAUGUGCUGCCGGAGCCCUCUUCGCUCUAGCUUGGUUCGGCUUCACAACCUUCCUGCGGAAAGCCGGCUGGAUAAAUUGGGCUCUCGAGACGUGGGUCUUGAGGACGUUGCGCGUGCGAGAUCUCGUAGUACAAGAAGAUCUCGUUGAUUCUGGCUGGGCACGCUGGGAAGACCGAAGGAAACGGCAAACGUUCCAAGUCCAGGAAGGGCACCUCGUCGCAGCGAGUGGAGAGUUUGUUGGCACAUUCAUGUUUCUCUACUUUGCUUUUGCCGGUCAGCUCAUGAUCAUCAACCAAGCAAGUGAUCGGUCGAUUCUGAAUGGGUUUGCUAGCAGUCAGCAGAAUAUCUUCAUUGCUUUGGUGUAUGGGUUCAGUUUACUGGUGAAUGUCUGGGCGUUCUUUCGCAUUAGCGGUGGGUUGUUCAAUCCGGCGGUUACCGUCGGCAUGGUAGUUGCCGGUCAACUCCCCUUCAUCCGAUCCCUCUUUCUCGUUCCCGCUCAGCUACUCGCAUGCAUGUGUGCGGGUGGAAUCGUCCAGGCUAUGUUUCCUGGGGAUAUCAGUGCUGUCAAUACUUCGCUCUCCCAGGACACGUCUAUCGCCCAGGGAGUUUUCAUCGAAAUGUUCAUGACUGCUGAGCUCGUCUUCGUUGUGCUCAUGCUAGCUGCGGAGAAGAGCAAAUCUACAUUCCUAGCUCCGAUUGGCAUCGGAUUGGCGCUGUUUGUAGCUAUGAUGGGCGGUGUAUACUUUACCGGCGGCUCACUCAAUCCUGCGCGUAGCUUUGGUCCAGCUGUCGCUUCAGCGUCGUUCGUCGGUUAUCACUGGAUCUACUGGGUUGGUCCAUUACUCGGUGCGCUUCUUGCUUCGGCAUACUACCGCUUCGUGAAGCACUUCAAUUACGAGCAAGCGAACCCGGGGCAGGACUCUUCGGGUGGCCACUUCUCGGCAUAA